AUGGUUGUGGCUACCAUCAUGAUAUUCGAUUCUGCGGGGACUGCGCCCCUCAAGGUUGCAGGUGCUGGCAGCCCGGCGAGGUACUAUUACAUUUUCCUGCUAGCUGGAGGUCUGCUGUUGGGGGCCGGGAUCUUGGUUUGGAUUCGCCGCCGCCGCUCGAAGCGUGAGUACGAAUUGAGACGGGGUGGCCGAAGCCCAGGUGGGGGUGACUUCGAGAUGGGUUCGAGCUCCCAGUGGGCUCUACCACUUCUGCGCAGCCAUCAAGCUGCUGCUGUCGACAAUGGAAAGGCAAAAGUCACCGACCCCGGUAUCACGAUCAACAUCACCACACCAGACAGGGUAUACAACCCUGAGGUCACGCCGUGGGAAGAAUACGAAGGAGCACCCUUCGAUGGGAACAACCGAGGACUGGUGCCCCUCAGAGCCCCUCUUCGACUCUCCGAUGAGGAGCUCGCGCGCCGUCACACUCCCAUCAUUGUCACUGGAGAUGCGAGCCUGUCCACCCCACUUACCGAUACAGACCAGAUACACGGUGCCAAACUACAGCCGCCCGUACAAGUCAUCAAGGAGUGGGUAAAUAAUCUGUCGAGUACUCGUAACUCCUCUCUGAUAUACGGGACCUCUGCGCAAUGGCCACAAUCCCAAUCCUCAUAUCCAAACCACAGUCUCCAAAGGUGA